AUGUCAGAGGAAUUGGUUUUGUUUGAUCUCCCCAGUAAGAAGGAAGCCGGCAAUAGGGGUUGGUCUGGCAAUACUUGGAAAACUCGCAUCGUUCUCAACUAUAAAAACAUUCCCUAUAAAACCCAGUGGAUAGAGUAUCCAGACAUUGCACCAACUUUUGCCUCAUAUGGCAUUCCUCCAAACCCCGCUUCAUCACCAGACGUUACUUACACCGUCCCCGUGGUGAAAUUUCCCAAUGGCGACUACCUAAUGCAGUCAUAUGCUAUCGCGCAAAAGUUGGAAGAGUUGUUCCCCGAGCCCUCGUUGCAUCUCGAGAGCGACUCCUACAACAAAGUCGUGGCUGCUUGGUCCAAGAUUGACCCUGCCCUAGCCCCGGAAACGAGACCCAGAGUGCCAAAAAAUCUCCUCAACCCCGCAAGUGUCGAGUAUUUCGAGCGUACGCGGAGCGCGCGACUUGGCAUGACCUUGGAAGAAUUUUCCAAAUCUGAUAAAGCAGGAGAGGCUGCCUGGGCGGCUGCUGAGCCUGGCUUGCAGGCACUGAAGGCGCUGUUGACGGAAAAUAGCUCCGGGCCAUAUAUUGACGGCAAUUCUGUCAGCUAUGGGGACUUGGCACUUGCUGGCAACUACGCAUUUCUUGGGACGAUUCAUGAGGAUCUGCUUAAGAGGCUCUUGAGUUAUGACGAGAGCCUCCAGAGGCACUACGAUGCGUAUACGCCAGACGACACGGCGAAUGCCGCACAAGACGACAAACAGGAGGGAAGAAAGGAUGCAACUUCGCCACAUGAACUUUGGGAUGAAGCAUAUGACGACCUGAAAGCAGAAGAGCCCAAGUUAAUGCAAAUGUACGAGGUCAUCUUAUCCAAUAAGCUCACUGAUCCCAAUCUCGACCACAACCCAGCAGAGAACAAGACCAAUGUGAUUGCGGCCGCCGGGGAUGAACGACGUGCCCAAAUGUUGGCGAUCAUUCAAACUGGCCAAACCAAUAUCAAGACAGAGGUUCACAUAAAGGAAAGUGUGGGACAAGUGAUGGAAGUCGUGAACUCGGCGAAAUCGAUAAUAAGUACAGCCAUUCAAGCCGCACCACAGGCAGCUCUUCCGUGGUCUAUUGUGUCUAUGGCCCUUGACAUUCUCCAAAAUCCCGUCGAAGCACAGAAAGAUAACGUUGAAGGGAUUGCAUACACGACAAAAAGAAUGAAGUGGUAUUGGAGGCUCUACAAAGAGAUCAUUCUCUUUCAAGUCAAAUCAAUUUGCUCGUUUUAUCGCAAUCGUGGUCUUCAAUUCUUCCGCGACAUCGUCAUGAUUGACAACUGGAAGGAGAGUCUGAAAGAAAUUCGAACUCUGGAAUUAGAGUUCCAAAAUGACUAUGCGACACACAUGACUCUGGAGGAAAAGAGUAUGAGCCACCAAAUUAAAGAGUGCCUUGAGAAACUUGUUGUAUUACAAGUGAAUCAUUUGGAAAGACAAGACAGGGAUUGUUUGAGAGAUUUACGCAUUACCAAUCCUCGCGAUGAUAGGAAACGUCUUCUUGAUACCAAAGGUGGUCUUUUGCCAGACUCCUACAACUGGGCAGUGGAAAGUGCGAUGUUCCAACAAUGGCACAGAGAGAAGCAAACAAAUCUACUUUGGAUUAAAGGCAACCCCGGCAAAGGAAAGACAAUGAUGAUUUGCGGACUCAUCGAAGAGUUGGAGCACAUGGAACCUCACCAAGAUCUCCUAUCAUACUUCUUUUGCCAAGGCACAGACCCAAACCUCAACAAUGCCACGGCUGUCUUACGCGGCAUUAUUUAUUUGCUGGCAGUUCAGAAGCCAUCUCUUAUUGAGCACGUGCAACAAGAAUAUAGGACUGUUGGCAGUAAAAGUCUUUUUGACGGAAUCAACAAUUGGAUAACGCUAUCAGGAAUAUUUGAGAAACUGCUACAAGAUCCAGCACCAGAAAAUGCUUGCCUGAUAGUCGACGCACUAGAUGAGUGCGAAUCGGACCGCAAAAAACUCUUGGAUCUCAUCAUUCGAAGCACUUUGGCCGCUCCACAAGUCAAAUGGAUUCUAUCAAGUCGUCAUUUUCUAGAUAUUGAGGCCAAACUACGUUCGUGUCAAACAAGCGCGGUGAUUGACCUCGAAAGCAACGCUACUCAUGUUUCGAUGAGCGUUUAUGCAUACAUUCGUUGCAGAACACGCCAAUUGAACCUGGUUGACGAUAAUGAAAUACUUCGAGAGCAAUUGCAACGCACCAUUCUCCAGAAGUCAAGUGGAACGUUUCUGUGGGCUGCACUCGUGUUCAAAGAGCUUGAAGAGCUCUGCACAUACGACAAUAAUGCCGAAGUGUUGCAGCUUCUAGACGAUAUACCUGAUGGAUUAGUCGGCUUAUACGAAAGAAUGGUGAAUCAGAUUGGUCUGCUGUUUAGAGACGCUACCGAUCUUGGCUGGACUGAGCGGCCGACUGACUCGAACUGA